AUGCUCUUAUCUUCUCCCUUCUCCUUCUCCUCCUCCUUCUCCUCCUCCACUGCUCCAUCGACGGCCGCUCAGGCGACUGGCACGUACACAACAACCGACUCCAGUGAUGAGGAUCAGAACUACAUCUGCCCUCACUGCGACCACACCUUCACCUCACACAUUGGCCUGGUCGGUCAAUUACGAAUCCAUCGCACAGAGACCAGAGAAUCAGUGCCUGGCGCACCACCCUACGCACACCGCAGCUGCCUCCACUGUCCACACUGUCCUCGCACCUUCACGCAUCGCAUGGGUCUAUCGGGCCACAUACGCAUCUACGAGAGUGGAAUUGACCGCCGUACCGACUCAUGUAUCACGCCAAACCCCACCCCCAACAUGAUCACCCUGCGCCCCCACAGCCCUUCCCACAACCAACACUGA